AUGUCGCCAACACCGCAACAACAACCUCCACAGAAUCCACCCCAACCCAUCGCUCACCCGCAUCCGCACCUCGCGACAGCUUAUCCCUCUCUAGCAAAACCCCAACAGUCAGCAUGUCAUCCUCCCCCCCGGGCUUUCCAGGGACCACCGCCCAUCCUCCUCUACCCCACAGACCCCGAAACUCAUCCCUCCACAGUGGAGCAACACCUCCGAUUCGGCAACCUGCCCGCCUACCGCCCCUUCACUAUCGACCGCCGCCGCCACCUCCCCAUCAUGUCCCACCUCGGCGCCACCCUCGCCGACCAAACUCUGACCUACGCUCUCAUCCUACGCCGCGCAUACAAAAACCCACCGCAUCAGCUGCUCCGAAUCUUCCACGCCCCCGUCCGGACGCACCGCUCACGGGAGGCGUGGGAGGGCGAUGUGGGCCCGACGGAGGCGCAGGGCGUGAAGGAUGAGCUGGUGCGGUUGCAAGGAGGCGGGAUUGUGGCGGCCGGGACGUUUGGAUCGGGGCCGGGGGGUGGUGGUGGUGCCGUAUCUGGGCGCGUACGGGGUUGUGGAGCGGUUGAUUCGGGCGGUGGUGGUGGUGGAUGUGGGGGUUGGGGUUGUGGAGAGGGUUGGUUGAGGGAGGGGGGGCCGUGCUUGAACGAAAUGCUCAACGCCGUGAAGGAGUCGGCGAAGACAAAAACUCUAGACGUCGUCGCCGCCGACGAGCCCAAUUGUCAACCUCACCUCAAGAACCUAUUGGGCUCCCCAGCCGUGCUCACCGAGCCAUGGAAAGCCACCAGCAGAUUCGAUGCAUGGAAGAUUCCUGAAUCCAUGGUGCCGAAUGCGUACCUCAAGAAAGCCCUGAUCGGCGACCACCGCGAGAUCCGCCUGCAUCCUUACCUCCCCAGUGCCUGGAUCGGACGCGCCGCAACGCUGUUGGCUUUAGGGUACGCCGAGCUUGCCGUCGCAGAUGCGUACAGAGCCUGUCUUCUGGUCAAGGAGUUGAAUCUGGCAGUGGAAAACAACACGGGACAUAGAGAUAGUGUGGCAGCGAGCGUGAUGAUGGCGUUUCUGGACUCACACGGCAGGAGUAAAGGAAGUAAUGAUGACAUCAUUGAUCAGAUGGCCUCCGGUUACAGACAGGCCACUCUUCUCGUGGUCCAAGGUCUUAACUGUCUCGAAGCGUACGAGGAUGCGGUUUACACUCUCGAGCAUUAUCUGGAAGGAAUUCCCAACGAACCGUCUUUCACUAUCUUGCUCAAAGAGACUCGAGAGAGACUGCAAGAGCGCAAGCGAAUCUUGUGGGAGCAGCUCCAAGAUACCACCGCCACCGAGACCGCAGCAAUGAGAGGGCAAGUGCAUCGAACCGCAUACCCUUGGAUCGUCGCGGGCGAGAUUGAUCGUAGCAGCGCAGCGACGAAGAGGCUCAAGGCAAAGUUCAAGGACGCAUCGCACAACGCCGCCGUCGCUCCCAGCUCGCUAGGAAGCGGUGAAUCAAAUGAGAACCUCGGAGUCUUCGCGACACAAAAGAUCCGCAAAGGCGAGCAGAUCCUGCGGAACAAGUCCAUCUUCGCGGUCCGAAACGUUGCUCCGGGUGGAAACUGCGGUCACAAUAGCUGCAAGAACAACUACUGCGCGGCCGACCACUGCGGAGCUUGCUGUCUCACCCUGUUUGGUAAAGGCAUCGCCGCUGGCUGCUGCAGUAUCGGCUUUUGCAGCGAAGAGUGCAAAGCCGACGCCCUGAGCUCCUACCACAAGAUCCUCUGCGGGAAAGACUUUUCCGAAAUCUACCAGUCGGGCGGCGCGACGAAUCCGGAGAACGACGGCGUUCCCCUCGUUAUGCUGAAGGUGCUCGCGACAGCCGUGCAGCAAAAGGUCAAACCCCUAAAGGUACCCUGCGUCGCAGCCUUAAAGGCAGACUACGACACCCAGAUCCCCUCACCGUUCAGUGUGCAGGAGAACAUCAUCGGUCCCGCGCAUGUCCUGCAGACCAUGGGCGUCGACAUAUUCACAGACCCACGCUUCGACCCCUGGGCCCUGCAGACGCUCUUCCUGCGGAUCCAAAACAACAAGCAGAUCGCCCUCGUCGGCAAAAGUCUAGACGUCGGCGUCAGUCCGCUGCUCAGCAUUUUCAACCACGACUGCGAUCCGGCCGCCGCAUGGGAGGCGCAAGACGGCGGUAUCGGAGGCCCGGUCAAUGUGGUUGCGCUGAGGGAUAUUGAAGAAGGCGAGGAGAUAUGCGUGUCGUACACGUUGGCGUCGUUGUCUGAGGCGGAGAGGAGGGGCAGGGUGGAAGGAUACAUCGGUAAGAGGUGUGAGUGUGCGCGGUGCGUGCGCGAGAGGAAGCAGGAGGCGGACAAGGAAUUUACCCCUGCAACGUCGUCGGCCCUGCUCGGACUUUGA